AUGAAAUUCUUCAAAUCUACUGGCCUAGACAAAGAAUGCGACAAGGCGGCACAAAUCCUCAAAAGCUUCAUAGAUAAAAAGAAAAUCCCCAAAGAAGUCAUCAUCAAUGCAAAAGGGUUGGCUAUCUUCAGUGGCUUCCGUGCAGCAAUGUACCUGGCAGGCGCGGGGGGUUCUGGGAUAGUCAUCGCCCGCCUUCCGGAUGGUAGUUGGUCGCCACCUUCUGCAUUCGCAGUCCGGUCUGGGGCCAUUGGUCUGGUGUAUGGAGUUGAUGUUUACGACUGUGUGUGUGUGCUCAACACCACCGAGGCAGUCGAGAGUUACUCCAAGCCAGAGAUGAGUCUUGGUGGUGGAGUGGCCCUUGCCGCCGGGCCUCUUGGUGGUACUGCCGAUAUCAAGGAGGUCAAGCCUGUCUGGACAUACACGAAAUCCAUGGGAUUGUACGGUGGAGUCACCGUGGAUGGAACGCUCAUCAAGGAAAAACAGACCAUGAAUGCAGAAUUCUAUGGCUCGAAUGUCACUGCCGCACAGGUUCUCGCCGGUGCUAUCCCAGCUCGGAAAGAUGCAGACUUACUCUCUGCCGGCCGAAAACAGCUGAUCGAGGUUCUCAAGCUUAUCGAAGGCAAGCAGGCGGAUCCGAAGAUCCUACAGGAGAUCAGCGUUGAGCCCACGCCUGGAGACUUGACUCACUAA